UUCGCCCCCAGUCCCACAGGCUUCUUGCACCUGGGGGGCCUCCGUACUGCCCUUUACAACUACAUCUUUGCGAGGAAGCACCAGGGGAGCUUCAUUCUGCGGUUGGAGGACACAGAUCAGACCCGCCUUGUGCCCGGGGCAGCGGAGAAUAUCGAGGACAUGCUGGAGUGGGCAGGCAUCCCCCCUGAUGAGAGCCCCCGGCGGGGAGGUCCUGCAGGACCCUACCAGCAGUCCCAGCGGCUAGCUCUGUAUGCCCAAGCCACAGAUGCACUGCUACAUACUGGAGCUGCCUACCCCUGUUUCUGCUCACCACAGCGGCUAGAACUCCUAAAGAAGGAGGCCCUGAGGAACCAUCAGACACCCCGGUAUGACAAUCGGUGCCGGGACCUGAGCCAGGAGCAGGUGGCCCAGAAGCUGGCCACAAAUCCCAAGCCUGCCAUCCGCUUCCGCCUGGAGGAGGAGGCACCAGCAUUCGAGGACCUGGUAUAUGGCUGGAACCGGCAACGAGUGGCCAGUGUGGAGGGGGACCCGGUCAUCCUGAAGAGCGAUGGCUUCCCCACCUACCACCUGGCCUGUGUGGUGGAUGACCACCACAUGGGUGUCAGCCACGUCCUGCGGGGCUCCGAAUGGCUCGUCUCCACCUCCAAGCACCUGCUGCUUUACCAGGCGCUGGGCUGGCAGCCACCUCGCUUUGCCCACCUGCCCCUGCUUCUCAACAGGGAUGGCAGUAAGCUGUCCAAGAGACAAGGGGACAUUUUCCUGGAGCAUUUUGCUGCUGCUGGCUUUCUGCCUGAUGCCUUGCUCGACAUCAUUACAAACUGUGGCUCAGGGUUUGCAGAGAACCAGAUGGGCAGGACCCUGCCAGAGCUGAUCGCGCAGUUUGACCUGAGCCGGAUCUCCUGCCACUCAGCCCUGCUGGACCUGCAGAAGCUUCCAGAGUUCAACAGGCUGCACCUCUGUCGGCUGGUGAGCAGUGAGACCCAGAGGCAGCAGCUGGUGAGGAAGCUUCAGGCCCUGGUGGAGGAGGCUUUUGGACCCCAGCUGCAAGACAGAGAUGUCCUAAACCCCGUGUACAUGGAGAGGGUCAUCUUACUGCGACAGGGCCAUGUCUGCCGCCUUCAGGACUUGGUCUCCCCGACAUAUUCUUAUCUGUGGACUCGCCCUACUGUGGGCCGAGCGCAGCUCAGCGCCAUCUCAGAGAAGGUGGACGUGAUUGCCAAGCACGUGCUGGGGCUCUUAGAAAGAUCUGAAACAAGCUUAAGCCAAGAUGUGCUGAAUGGAGAACUGAGGAAGCUGUCAGGAGCACUGCACGGCACCAAGCACAACGCUGUGAUGCGACUCCUCCGCAUGGCCCUCAGUGGGCAGCUGCAGGGACCUCCUGUAGCUGAAAUGAUGGUGUCCCUGGGACCAAAGGAAGUGCGGGAACGAAUCCAGAAGGUGCUUGCCAGCUAGAGAGAAGGUGUGCAGCACAGUGGAGGUGGCCCGGUGCCUGUGACCUGGAAGCUGCCUGAGGAGGAAGAGGAAAGAGGAGAGACGGUGGCAGCCUGGGGCCUGUCAGAAAGGGAACAAAUCAAGGAGCCGAGAGUGGAAACGGAGACUCGGAGUGCAAACAGCCUUUGUGGCUCCACAGCAGACAUGUCGUCCUCACUGGCCAAGGAAGCUGGCCUGGCUUUCUUCAUCACUUCGUUUUGAGACACCGUGAUCGACAUCUACAGCCCUAAGUGGGAGGGGCUUAUCGUAUCUCACACUUUGCGCAGGUUCCAUCCAGAGUCGCCUCACUGCAAGGCAAGGCAUCAGGCAGGAGAAGGAGCUCGGGCAUCGUGCAUGAUGGCAGGAAGCAGAGGGCAAUUGAGGAGGAGGGAGAUAGGCCCUGCCAGGCCAGGCCCCAGUGACCGUCCCCCACCAGGCUGCACCUCCCAACGUCACCUUCAGCUGUAAACCCGUCAGUGGACUAUCCACUGUGAGUGUCACACACUUGUGAUCAGUCACUGCCCAAAAGCUCCACCUAGCAGUGAGUGGGAUUUUAGGGGGACCUGUAGAUACAAACCGCAAAACCGGCUUUCCUCCUCGACUGGAAAGGAGGCCUCGUGUCUGGUUUUUCCACAACACAUUACAUAAUAGAGACUAGGCGUUGGUUCAGAAAAGUCAACAUCCCAAAAUAGUGCGGUAGGCUUAGGUAUUAAUCUGCAAGGGCCACCACAGCAAAAUUCCACAGAACUACAGAUUUUAUUUUGCACAGUUAUGGAAGCUGGAAUCCCAAGAUUCAGGUCAGCCGGAUUGGUUUCUCAUCUUGGCAUGCAGACAAGUUGUCUUCUAGCUGUGUCCUCCCAGGGUCUUCCUAUGCAGACACCUCCCUCGUCUCUAUGUUCUGAUCACUUCUCCGGACAUCAUCAGGUUAGAUUAGGGUGUACCCUAACAGCUGCAUGUUAAACUUGACCCUUUUUAAAGGUUAUUUCUAAAUACGGUCCGCAUUCUGAAGACUACAAGGUAGGCCUGCCACAUAGCCACAUACGAAUUUGGGGGACACAGUUUACCCAUAACAAGCCUGGACUCGGAUCCUGGUUCUUAGGCCCACUUUAGGGUUACACCAGUAACAGUGAACAAAAACAGGACCGACCUGGAUGUCAGGCUGACACUGAGGACUGUGCAGGAGAAGUUAUUCAUGUGCCAGGGGUAAGCACCAGUGUUUUGUGCUCUUUGUCUCUUCCUUAAAUGCUGUGUGUUCUCUUUUCUAGUUCUCCCAGCAUGGUCCCUGGACUGGAGAUCUCCCCUACCUGUUCUGUGUGUUUUUCUUCAUGUCUUCCCCUUUCUCCACCAUUGCUUGUAAUGGUUUUUUAUUACAAAUGUAAACACGUAGUGUAAUACUUGUAACGGUUUUGCAUUCCACCAUUACUUGUAAUGAUUUUUUUUCGUUGUUUUGGUUUUGGUUUUUUUGAGACACGGUCUCACUAUGUA